AUGGGCAUGGGCAUGGGCACGGCACUCCGGCCGGCCAUGGCCGCCGCUGCCCCCAACACAGCCCACCGGCCGCGGCCGCUGCCUGCUGCGAAUCGCAGCACCAGUCGCCCAACCGCCUCCACGCCGCCCGUGAGAACGCUGGUCUGCUCCGCUCCCCCGCAGUCGAGGCCGCCGCGGCGCGCCGUCACGACCACGGCCCGGGCAGCGGGGGCCGGGGCGCCGUCGUCCGCCUCGCCGGACGCCGUCACCUACUCCUCCAGCAUCGACACCGACAUGCCCCUCUACGAGCCCCCGGGGGUGUCGUUCGACGAGUACCUCAAGGACCGCCCCCGCGUGUUCCGCGCCAUGUUCCCCGACGAGAGCCGGAGCCAGCAGCUCAGCGAUGAGGAGUGGAGGAUCCAGAUGCUGCCGCUGGAGUUCCUCCUCAUCACCGUGCGCCCCGUCGUCGUGAUGCAGCUGCGCAACCGCGGCGCCGGCGGGCUCGACCUACGAAUCACCGAGUGGGAGCUGAGGGGGCUGGACAGCGGCUACACGCCGGCGAGCUUCGACCUGGGCGUGCGGGGGUCGCUGUACGCGGACAGGGGCCAGCGGCGCGGCAGCCGGCUGAGGGGCCACCUCGAGAUCUCCAUCACCGUCGCCCUCCCGCCGCCCCUGCGGAUCGUGCCGGAGGCCGUCCUCCGGGGCGUCGCCGAGUCGGUCCUGUCGACGCUUGCCGAGAGGAUGAAGCGGGACGUGGACGUCGGCCUCGUCGCCGACUUCCGGAGGUUCCGGCUGGAGAAGGCGGCGUCCAAAGCGGCGGGAGCGGCGGUGGCGAGAGCAGACAGAAAAGCGUGA